CGGGCGGUGCCGCCGCCGCCUCCGCCCCUUCCGCCGCCGCGGGGACCCGAGGGGCGGCCGGGCCGGGGCCGGCCGGGCUCGCAGGAUGCUCCAGUCGCUCUGGAGUUUUCUUAAGCGGCACAAGAAGAAAUGCCUCGUCCUUGGCACCUUCCUUGGCGGAGUCUAUUUACUGGGAAAAUAUGGGCAGAAGAAAAUCAGAGAAAUCCAGGAACGAGAGGCAGCUGAGUACAUUGCCCAGGCACGAAGGCAGUACCAUUUUGAGAGUAAUCAGAGGACGUGCAAUAUGACAGUACUGUCAAUGCUUCCAACAUUGAGGGAUGCCUUAAUGCAUCAGUUAAACUCUGAGAGUCUCACAUCUCUUCUUAAAAAUAGACCAGCAAAUAAGUUAGAAAUCUGGGAGGAUUUAAAGAUAAUAAGUUUCACCCGCAGCAUUGUCGCUGUGUACAGCACCUGCAUGCUGGUGGUUCUCUUGCGAGUGCAGUUGAACAUCAUCGGCGGUUACAUCUACCUGGAUAACGCUGCGCUCGGCAAGAACGGCACAACACCACUAGCACCCCCUGAAGUCCAGCAGCAAUAUUUAUCAAGCAUUCAGCACCUUUUAGGAGAUGGACUGACUGAGUUAAUAACUAUUGUUAAACAAGCUGUGCAUAAAGUUUUUGGAAGUAUUUCCCUUAAGCAGACCCUGUCUCUUCUGGAACUGGAACAGAAGCUUAAAGAUAUCAGGGAAGUAGUGGAACAUAAAGAUUCGGAUCAGAUUGCAUCUUAUUCUCCCUUAUGUCAUUAUCUGAUGCCAGAUGAAGAAAACCCUUUGGCUAGCCAGGCCUGUGGACUCACAGAAAGAGACAUUGCUACAAUUAAAUUACUGAAUGAAACUAGAGAUAUGCUAGAAAGUCCAGACUUCAGUACAGUUUUGAGCACAUGUUUAAAUAGAGGAUUCAGUCGACUGCUGGACAAUAUGGCAGAAUUUUUUAGACCUACUGAAAAGGACCUUUCUCAAAACAGCUCUGUAAAUAGUCUUUCCAGUGUCAGUCUUCCUUUAGCCAAGAUAAUUCCAAUAAUAAAUGGACAGAUCCAUUCAGUCUGCAGUGAAACACCCAGUCACUUUGUUCAGGACCUGUUGAUGAUGGAACAAGUGAAAGAUUUUGCUGCUAAUGUUUAUGAAGCUUUUAGUACCCCUCAGCAACUAGAGAAAUGACCUGCACAUUUUUACAAAUGGAUGGUGUAUUUAUAACAAAUCCCUGAUGACUACUGAUGAGACUUGGGUUAAUUUUAUAAUGGUGCAGGAGUGGCAGACCAGCAGAAAGAGCACUCUGAGGAAAGUGGGAGUGAGCCUAUAUUUUCUUCUAACUGAAUUAUACUUCACCCAUUAAAAAUAUUCUUGUUGAAAGAAA